UUCCGCACCGCCGCUGAGCCCGGAGAAGGAGGAGAGGAACAGAUGUUGCUGCCGUAGCCAGACAGCAGCUCGGAGAAGCGGCCAGCCGGAGGAUGGUGUCUUCAUUUUUAAUUUAUUAUUGUUGAAUUUCAACAAAAUGAAGCGGCUUUACUCAUAACUUCGCGAGGACGGCGGCUCUGCUUGUCUCCAGGACGAUGAGAGGGACGCUGCAGUAGAGGAGCAGUGACAUGCUGGCUUGCCUGCCAGCAUCAGGUGACCCCGCCAUCCGACUUCUUCACCGCACGCAGAUGAACACUGGACUUCAAAAAUGGGAAACCACACAGAAGAUGAGAUCUGCCACCCAUCCGACGCCUGCAGAGUUGGACGCCUAUGCUAAGAAAGUCGCCGACAAACCUCUGAGCAUCCAGAUCUUCCCAAACAGCAUCAAGGUUCCUCAGAAGAAGCACGUCCGCCGCACCGUCAACGGCCUGGACACGUCGUCGUCCGCGCAGCGCCACAGCCCGUACCCUCCGCAGCUGGCCGCCGGCGCCGGGCUCCUGACCGUCCUCCGCGCGCCUCCCCGGGGCCUCGUCAAGCAGCCGGACGGCUGCCGCACGCGGCUGCAGCUGAAAGCCGCCAUGAACCCUCAGAGCGGCCCGUACGCCGCGCCCAGCACUUUAAACCUCCCGCACCUGGCCGCUCAGAAGCAGGGGGCGGAGCAUCCGCAGCAGAGCCUGGCGCACCCCAUGGCACUGCAGCAUCACCAGAGGAGCAUGGCUCAGUCUCAGGCUCUGCAGCAGCAGCAGAGGCUGACGCAUCCACCCGCCGUUCAGCGGCAGCCGCCCCCUCAGGACGUGGCGCCCUGUGCCGCCGCCAUGCCGCAGCAGCACCUCCCUCACAUGCAAACUCUGAAGCAUCAGGCGGCUCCAGCGCAAUCUUUGGGAGCGACUCAGGAGCUGCGGCAUGUCCCGGACAGCGUGGCCAUGCAGGCGGCGCCGCCGGGCCCCCCCGCCCUACCGCCGCCUCCGUACGGCGCCCGCAAGCUGCCGGACGCUGACGCCCCGCCCAACGUGACGGUAUCUACCUCCACCAUCCCGCUGUCCAUGGCGGCCAGCCUGCAGCAGGCGCGGCCCAGCGACCUGAGCAGCAUUGUGCUACAGAUCAACCAGCUGUGCCAGGCGCGCGCCGGCAUGGGCGCCACGUCCGUCUGCGAGGGCCAGAUCGCCAACCCCAGCCCCAUCAGCCGCAACCAGCUCAUCAGCGCCAGCUCCAGGGUUUCCCAGCAUGCCUCGGGGGCCGGCGGCGGCGUCUCCAGCUGCCUGCUGAUGGACAAGCCGGCCGCUCUGGCUCUCGCCCCGGCCUGCAGCAACAACAACAUGGCUGCUUUCCACCCGGACAGCGACAAGCAGAUGCAGCAGCACCUGCUGCAGCAGAAGCACCAGCAGCAGCAUCUGCAGCAGCAUCUGCAGCAGCAGCAGCGCUCCUGGGCGCAGCACCAGCUGGCCCACAUGCAGCAGCCGCCAGAGGGAGCGCACCCCUGCAAAAACCCGCGGCUGGAUCCGGUGGCUGAGUGCGCCUUCCCCUCCCACGGCCUGAGCUACGGCCACAAGCCGCCCGCCGCCGCGCACGUCUUCCUGCCGAAGCACGCCGCAGACAAAACGCUGCCCCCCUCCUCCGCCAACUGCUCCUACCUGAACGGCCACUACCUGCAGCCAGCGUGGGGCGCCGUCCCGGGCGCCGCCGGAAACAACGGGAACAUUCCUCAGGACCUGCCGGUGGGCUUCCAGGGCGGACACGCCGCCGCAGAGCGCAUCCUGGGAGCCAAGUACCGGCCGGGGAAAGACGGCUCCGCCGGCCAGCCCAAGCUGCUGCAGCACAGCGUGGAUUUCCUCGGCGAGGAUUUCCAGAUCCCCAGCAUGCAGGAGCAGAGCGUGGAAAUGAUGCAUAAGAUGCACCGCGGCGGCGGCGACCAUCAUCACCAAGGUUACCAUUAGACUCCACAUCAACCCGUUUGUUCCCAACAGCACUUCGACCUGCUGAGCAGAGCCGGGCGAUAAAAAUCGCUUUCUUUUCUGAAAAAGAAAAUAGAAAAUUAUUUUCUAAAGUUUAUUUUAUGAUUCCCUCUGAGUGUCUGGGCCACAAUGCAAAAAGUUUUAAUUAUUCAAUUAUGCGAAUAUAGUCAUAAUUUUAGCAAAAUAAAGACACAAUUUUACCAGAAGGAAGUUUCUGCACUUGUAGCCUGGCUCUAAUAUUUCGCCAUCGAGUUGAACUGAAUCCAAAGUCCAAAUGAACAGAAGCUGUAAAAAAAAAAACGCUUGUCAAACAAGAUGGCCGCCAUGACAUCGCUCCGACCCAAUGAGAGCAUUUAUGAAAAAAAAUCCAGAACUUUUAAUCUUCAGAAAACUAAAAUUUGAUUAAUCGAUGUGAUCGAUUUAUCGCCCAGUUCUGCUCCAGAGUUUCAUAGUUUGGCUUCGUGUGAUGGACCGGCGGCGCCACGCCUCGCCGUGCGGCGCUGCACGGCGCCUUGGGGAUGUGGAGACCGCCGAGGCUGGGAGGCUGAUCAGUGGAAGCUUCCUGAGCUCGAGCGUCGCCGCUCCGGACCGCCGCAGCACUUCUCAGUUUCACGACUUUUCUCAGCAUUCGUGGCCUUACGAGCGCCUAGAGGCGAGCUUCAGGAAGUCCUGGAACCACGGGUUCUCAUCUCCGCCCCGAAGGCUCGGCUCGGCUUUGCUUUGCGGUUCUGAACUUUCCCCUUCUCCUCGCCGGGUUUUCUUGUAGUUCUUUAGUUGUUGUGGAUCUGUAGCUCGCCCUACUUGAACUGUAGAAAUGUAAAAGUUUGGCAGAAGGAGCAGAAACUCCGUCAGGCCGUAUUUAAGUCUGGUUAAUGUGAAGCGAAGGCGUCCUGUCGGAACGGCGUGUGAUGGCGACUCCUCCCUCUUCAGCGCAUCUCCUCACCUCUUUCCUGACGCGUCUCUGUGAAUCGGUUUGAUUUCUGUUAGCGAUGAGCAGCAAACCCACUUCCUAUGGAUCCUGGGGUUCGUUUGGAGGGAGCGGGCGUGGGCCGGUUCCAGGUUCUCAGAAACAUCCGCCCAAAAAUCACAACAAGCAACUUCCUCUAAUGCAUUAAUGUAAAACAGAAAAGAAAAAGUAAAUAAAUAGGAACGGAUUAAUUUCCUGCUGAAUAUUUAAUAAAAAGUUAGCUAGCUUUUCUGCCGUCAGCGUUGUUUAAUUUAUAAGAGGAGACGUCACACUGUGUGUGGAGGACCAUUUGGAUUGAAGUUAGGGUCACACUUAGUCUUUAAUGUCUUGGUCUUUUAGCAUCAUAGCUAUAGAGUAUUUAGCUCCCUAUUAGCCAUUAGCACACUUAGCAUGGCUAAUAUUUCUGUUGGUAUUCAACUGAAGAUUUAAAUCUUUACUUCAACUUUGAGCUUUCCAACAGGCUGCCAAUGUUUCCUCAUUGACAAACUUCAAUUACAAACAAAGUUGAAAACUGAAAAGCCUUCCUGUUAUCUGAUCUAAUUCUCGCGCUCUUUCCCGUCCUUUGGUCUAUUACGGCCUGAAUCAACUGCAGAUAUUUCUCGAUUUGCUGUUAAAAAAAAAAACUGUAGUCCACUCAGUAGGCGAUUUCUUGAUGCAUUUUUAAAAUUUAUUAAGACUAAAACAAAAAUGUUAUGCCGGAUUUCUACUGAGCGGUUCGGUAAGCCAUUUUAUGGUCCAAUAUGUUAAGGAGAAUGUUUCAGGGAAAGAGGGUAUAAAAUAAUCUCUGUGUUGUUAUUUCCAAAAAAAACCAGGCAGAUUAUGUGGAAUAUUAGUUAUUUUCUCACCCUUUUAUCAAUCAAUCAAUCAAAUUUUAUUUGUAUAGCACAUUUCAGCAGCAAGGCAUUUCAAAGUGCUUUACAUCAUUACAAACACAGAAACACAAUGCAAUAUAGAAUCAAUAAUCAAAACACAGCAUUAAGUCAAGUUCAAUCAAUAAAUUUGUAAUUGAUUACAUUUCAAAUACAAUUCUAAACAGGUUUUAAUUAUAGUUUGAUAAGUGGUUAAUUAGUCGGACUAUCUCCUUAGCUGACAUGCUAGCCGUAGCUUGCUAACUGUAUUUUCACAUGUUUAGAUAACUGUUGGCUAGUUUUCCAGUUUCACAAUCAGAUCUUCCCCCAAUCUGAGGAAUUUCAGCCUCAUUCUGUCCAUGUUCUGACUAUUUCAGCUCAGGUUCACUCAGAAAUGCAGUUUCUCCUCCAGCCUCAUAGGGGGCGACAAUGAGGUGGAAAAAACUAACACUUCUGACAGUUUCAGAACUGUUUUGGCUGUAUUUUGUAAAAACAUUGUUGGUUUUCUGAGUCAUCAUCUUUCUUAUUUGGCGCCCCCUUUGGAUGGGAGGAGUAUAUUUACUAACAAUCUUAGCUGCACAGUGGAUUGAUGAUUUAGGUCAGGGGUGUCCAAACUGCGGCCCGGGGCCAUUUGUGGCCCCCAACUGCAAUUCAAGAAUGAUAAUGAUUUGACCCGUCUAUCAGAAAUAAUUGAUCCAGAUGGUAAUUUUAUUUUUAAUCAGAGUAAAAUUAUUUCCAACAUAAUAAAAAAAUGUUAAGUACAACACAAAGUAUUAAUCUUUUUAUAAUAAGUAGAACCACAUCUAUCCAAACUUUUUUUUCCCCCUAAAUCAGCUUUUUUUAAUUAAAAUGUUUUGAAGGAAAAUUAUCCAAAUCCUGAGAAUAAAUUUGUUCAAUCAAACCCAAAAGAAUUUAAAACUAGAUUUAAUCCAGAAAAAUCAUUAUUAUGUUUUGGAUCUAUGAUGAAAAAGCAAAAAAAUUAGACUUUAUGUGCUUGAAUUUAGUUGUAUUUUUAUUUUCUUGGCCCGUGAAUACGUUAGACUCAAUAAAGACUCAAUAAUUUUGUCAGAAACUUUUCAUUUAUCUUUCUGUUGUAACUGAUAGGAAAUGUUGUCACCUUUCUUUAAGCAAACUGACUGGCAGAAAGUUUUAGCAGUUUCAGAAGCCGGCCUAGUUAAAGCCCUGAUGCCACUGCCCAUGCCUACAGAGUGAUGCUGCACAGCGACUAAAGCCUUAAAUACGACGGUUAGCUUCAGGAUCGGAGCGCUGCCGUUGUCGUGGUAACUAAAAGCCGGACUCCGGUUUCUGAUUGGACAAAGUUGCCUGAGAUGGAGCCGUCACUGGAUGGAGAUCUAGAGCGGGGCUGUAGCAGUCGUUUGAAAUGUUUCGGUUUCAGUCAGGAUUCUGAAAUACUUCUAAAUGUUUUUAUUCUCUGUCCUGAAGCCAUACUCGUUUCCGCUACAGGGGCCAAAUGUGACUCAGGUGGUUUCACCUGGAUGAACUCGGAUUCCUGAAUUAUUACGAAAGCUGAAUUAUUAUCAUUAAAAAGUCAAACGGUGAUUUUUGGAUCUGGGUCGGUUCGCUCUUUCAUCGGCUUCACUCUGUAAACAAACAACACUGCAAAUAUACUAAACAUCUCCGCGUUUUAAUCGACUUUCUACUGCAAAUGUCUUCAGUUGAACUGAGACAAAAGUCACAAAUAACUUUUCAGCAAAUAUAGGAGCUUGUUUUAAGCCAAUGAUUCUUGGAUGUUGAUUUAAAAAUAUUCACUGGCAGAUUUUUAUUUUAUUUUUGUACUUGUAUCAAGACAUUUUUCUAUUGGGGCGGACUAAGACAUUUUUUUUAUUUAUUGUUUUAUUACAAAAUCACCAGAAUAAAGUCAUAAAAUUACUAGAAAAAAUACAAAUACUGUUGUUUGCCCAAAUCCUGCUAUUGAUAAUAAUUUGUCAGAAGUUUUUAUUUGUAAAACUGAUACCAAAGUAUAACUUCACAAGAUGCUCAACAUUCCUAAUUUUUUCCAAAUGUUUUUUUGUACAAGUUAUCAUAAAUUAAUACUUGAUUCUACUAAUAUUAAAACUAAUCUGUUAAUAUUAAUAGUUUACCUUCAUAUUAUUUCAACUUUAUUGUUGUGAGUUUUAUGAAUUUAUUCUGGUAAUAAUGUCAUUAAUCUCACAUUAUUGUUACUUUUUCCUCAGCUUUUAUUAUAUAAUUAGGACUUUAAUAUAGUAAUAUUGCUAUUAUUGUAUUAUUACGACUUUUAUUUCUCUUUAUAUUAUGACUUUUUGUCUUAAGACUUUAUUCUCUUAAUAUUACUGCUUAUUUUUCUCAAAUUUUUGUACUAUUUCAACUUGCUGUUGUAAAAUUUUAAUCUCUUAAUAUUGACGUAAUUGUCAGAACGCUACAGCGUUUUUCCUCAUUAUUUUUCUCCUAACUUAAUUCUCAUAGCCUGACUCUAAUACUUUUAUCAAUAAUUAAGAGUUAUUUAAGUAAUACAAGCUCCUAUAUGUUCCUAUAUUCCUAUUUUCCUGAAAAGUUAUUGUCAGCUUCAAAUGUACGGAGAUAAACAAAUUAGACCAAAAAUAUUUGAGAUUUAGUUUUUUUCAGUGCAGUCGAUUCCAGUUGGUUCAUAUAUUUCUGCUGGUUGUUAAAAACUUUGUGGAGAUUUAAUUUAAAAAAACAGCAGAAAAUUUCUCAUAUAAUUUUAUAUUUAGUUCAUUCCUGGCAUUUCUGAUGCGGUGCAGGAGCGAAGCCACCAGGAGUCGGGUUUAGGGUCUUUAUACUUGACGGGAGUUAAUUUCUGCUUCCCUGGCUUUCGUUUUUGAUGUGCCUGUCCCUUUAAGCUGCUAUUGAAUUUAAUCAGCACACUGAUCCGGUGUGUGUCUAUAAAUAGUAACAUGAUUUGGGCUGCACCAGUGGAGGGGAGAAAACCGCUCCGGUCGGGUGAACGGACACUCGGAGGCGUUGAACCCGCCACACUAACCAGGAUUAAGUUUCACGUUUGGGUUUUCCCCCCCCAACAGCCAAUCAGACGAGCUCAAACACUAAACCGUCGGACCGAGCCGCCUCUGGUUCUGAACCGCCUCAGUGCAGCCCGUUGAAGUCAGGUUCUACAGUUUCAUAUGAAGUGCCUCCACUGGGCUUAGUAUGGACAAGUGUGUGUGUGUGGGUGUGCGUGGAUGGGCGUGUGUGUGGGUACCUGCACAGGUGUGCACAAAGUGAAUCUAAUGUGUGUGUUUCUGGGGGGGACCAAGCUACUAAUUGUAACUACUGAUACUGUGUGACGGACCCAAGUCCUGAAGCCACGACUCGACGCUGUGGGGCGUCAAGCGAUUGCUGCUGACUCGCCGACCAAAGUGACCAGGUGUCCCUCUCUCUCUGAGCGGCCAGCAGCUAGCGGCUAACUGUUAGCAGUUAACUGCUACUAGUAUGGAUCGGCUACUAGUACUUAAAUGGACAAGUAGCAGCUAAUAGCUACUAGUAAUGACAAGAGAAGCAGCUAGCCACUAGUAUUUAGUGAUUAGCUGCUACUAGAAUGGACAAACUACUAGUUCUAGUGUGGACGAGAAACAACGGCUAGUGGCUAGUAGCUGCUAAUAUGCACAAGAGAAGCAGCUAGCCACUAGCGGUAAGAGAUUAGCUGCUACUAGUAUGGACAAGAGAAGCAGCUAGCCACUUUAGCAGUUAGCUGCUACUGUGGACAAGCUACUGGCCAGACAAAAGCAGCAGCUAGGUGCUACUAGUCCAUCCUAGCAGUCCAUGCUAACAUCUAGCAGCUAGCUUGGUCUUCUAACAGUAACAAUCUGGUGACGUAAAGAAGAGCUGCUGCUCCUGCUGCUGCUGCCUUUGUUCUGUUGCUUUCAGAGAAUCUUGUGAAGUAAAAAUCAAAGAUGUGAACUGAGCAUAAGAAAAUCUAGAGUGAACGGGUCGUUUUGGCGAAAGCCCAGGGCUACAUUCGAAAAGGGGCGUCAGAUUUAUUGGAACUAAUGGAUGUAAUUUGUUGUCUAAGCAGGUAUUCUGUUGCUUUGGAUUGUGGAAAUUGCAGACGUUACUUCACCUGGUUUGUGCAAAUCAGGAAUCAUUUCCUGGGUUUUAAUUGGUCGGGUUUGCCAGAACCGCCACUGAACCAGAGCUUUGUGUUUCCUGGUUCUGCUCGAGGUCCAGAGGGAGAUCGGUACACGUCUGUUUGCACUCUAAGACUCGUCUACUGAAGCACAUUCCGGUGAAGGGGGCCAGAGGAACCCAGCAGUCACUCUAGGUUUCUUAUUGCUCUGAUCCAGCUGUUGUGGGUUGUGAGAACCAAAAUGUUCUGACCGCUGGUGGAGGGGCCUUUCUGUCUACUGUGUGAAAAUGUGAUAUUUCCAGUUUUGCCUAACCUUCAGGAACUCUAAUGUCUUGCACAAACAUUCCCCCCCUAACCAAAAUAAAGUUUGCAAACACAAA